UUGUUUGAGAGGUUGUUCCUUUUCGUGUUGCACUUUGAAUGCGGGGCAGAAAAGAUUUGUGAGUUUCAAAGGAACUAAAGAGGGAAGAGCAAACAGCGGGAUGGACAGUCGAGCUAACAGCGAUGUGUUCUUUCUGCCUGAUGAGAAGUUUGACUUCGAUGUUUCAAUGUCACCUGCCAGCUCCAUAGGCGAUGAAGAUGAAGACGAGGUGUUUGUGGGUCCCAUCAGCCAUAAGGAGAAGUGUGUAUCUGUCAGUGUGGCAUCACGGGUCGAGGAUGGCAGUGGCGGUGUGCAGGCGAGCUGGAGCCCGCUGAGUGGAGAUCAGCUGGAGGCUGUAUGUCAGGAAGCCCACAGACUAGCCAACCAGCUGCAGAGUAGCGAGUCUCAUGGCGAGGACAUUGACAUCACCAGCAUGACCACCGACACCACGACUGAAAGAGAAGAAUUUGUCGAGGACUCUAAGGCCAAACUGGGUAUGCUGGGUCAGACUGCCAGUGUGCUCAGCCCCAUCAAACGGCAGACCUUCUGUGUGCAGGACAGUCCCAUGAAGGAGCUGCCACCUGCCAUCCAGCGCAGCCUGCUGAGAGGGAGCGCCUCCAAAGCACCUGCAUCCACACGACCUUCUAUUACAAGAGUGUCAUCCACUCGCCCUUCUGCUACGACAGCUUCAUCCAGCCGCCCCACGACCAGACUCAGCACUUCCAGCCCUGUGAUUGGACAAAAGGCCCAGGCCAGGAUGUCGCUGCGAGGGAAAGCUGCGCUGGGGGUUGCUGCCGUGCUGCCUAGCAAGCCGGCUGCUCCAACAACUUCCUGUUCAGCCAACAAGAGCAAGGUGGAGAAAACAAGAAUGCAACCACCAAGAAAAGUGGUAGGGGCUUUGAGACGGAGCCCGUCCUCUCAUCUCUCCAGCAGGACAGAAUCAAAUGAGGAUCUGCUCUCUGAUUCAGCGAGUGUGGCCUCUGACGUCAGUGACUCCUCCCUCAACUCCAGCCUUUUGGGAAAACGCACACUGGCUCCACCCACCAAGCAGAAUGUUGGUGUGAGGAACCUGUCAGGUGUGAAAGCUCCGCCCCUUCAGAGCAGAAGGGUGACAGACAGAAAGAACACAUCCUCAUCUUCAUCCUCCGUGUCCAGCUUCAACUCCAGCCUGUCUAUGUCCCCUGCUAAAGGUAAACUGAACUCUUCUCUGAAUCGGAGUCUGAGCGGCUCCACUGUCCUCGCCCCCAGCAACGUCAGCAGACCUCGCCGCUCCACUGUCUAUGCUGCCGCAGAGCCAGUGUCCUCCACUGCUGGCCGCCGCUCACUUUCCACACAGGCCAAGAAGCUUUCUGAAGCAGAGCGUGUCAAAGCUGCUAGAUCCACACCGCUAAAGAGAGCUGAGGCCACACCGCUCCAGUCAGUACCCACCAAGAGGCUUUUGGAGAGGUCUGCCUCCACCACGUCCUCAGGCCAGCCACAGAGCAGAUUAAAGGCCAAACCUAAACCCGAGGCCCUGGUCCCACCGACACCCAGCACAGGAGGAAAAGGAGUCCACUGUCCAGAUGAUGUCUCCAAGGUGUUGAAACCAAAGAGGCUGAUGUCUACUAACAGCAUGGACAGUGUUUAUCAGAAGCCAUCUUCUGGUUCUCUGACACCCUCUGCUAACAGCUGCAAGUCCCUGCAGUUGAAGGCUCGGCGCCCCUCUGCCCUCCCAACACCAGUGAAACGCAGGACUUCUGCCAUCCCUGCCCCCACGCCCACCAACCGAUCCCAGACUGUAAGGCCUCCAGCCAUCUCUAACUCUGACUCCCACCCCACCCCGAUCUCAGCUAGGAAAGAACGCAGUUGCAGUCCUCUUCCCACAUACACACAGGAGGAGGAACCUGCUGAGGCUCUCCACAUCCAGCCCUUCUGUCUGGAGGAGGAGCACCUUCCCUCCCCGCCCUCAAACACUCAGCAGCCUGACCAAUCAGAGAGCAUGGAUCCUGAAGCACCGAGUCAGAGUGAAUCUGUGCCCAGCAGAAACCUGAUGGAACUGGAGACUUCCGAGGAGAGCAACAGCAAGACACAGGAGGUUCUUUUGCUGGACCUUCCACCUCCAACUCUGCAGCCUCAAGAGAAACUGCUCAUCGACUUGACUAACACGCCUGACUUGAUCCGCACCAGUAGUAAGAGCUGCACCACCACUCAGCAGCUGAUUGACUUGAGCUCUCCACUUAUCAAGUGGAGUCCAGAUGACAAGAGGGACAACGCUCCGCUCAUCAACCUGUCCUUCUGAUUGGCGUCCUCCUGAAACCCUUGAUCUCUGCAGCUUACUGGAUUCAACAGGUGUCUGUCUUUGGAAACUAAAGAUACUCAUCUCCUUGAUUUAUUGAGUUUUUAUCAGUAAAGUAUUUACUGGAACAGAGUACUAUGUUUCAAAUAAUGAAAAUAUUCUGAGCUUGCUGAAGUUUUUUAGCACCAUUGUACUUUUAUUUGUUUCUAUUGCUGCUCUUAAUUAAUGUUUGAAUAAAUGUUAUUAAUUUCACUACUGUAAA